AUGGCCACCUCCACCCUGUCUGUCUGCUCCAGCGACCUGAGCUAUGACUGUCCAGAGAGCUGCUGUGAGCCCCCCUGCUGUGCCCCCAGCUGCUGCGCCCCGGCCCCCCGCCUGACCCUCCUCUGCGCCCCAGUGAGCUGCGAGUCCAGUCCCUGCUGCCAGCCAGCCUGCAGCAGCUCCUGCCUGGCCUUGGGCUGCCAGCAGUCUAGCUGCCAGUCCUCCUGCUGCACCUCCUCCCCUUGCCAGCAGGCCUGCUGUGAGCCCGUCUGCUGCAGGCCUGUCUGCUGCAGGCCUGUCUGUUGCACACCUGUCUGUUGCACACCUGUCUGUUGCACACCUGUGUGCUAUGAAGCCUCCCCCUGUUCUAUCUCCUCAUGCUGCCAGCCGUCUAGCUGCCAGCCCGUGUGCUGUGAGGCCUCCCCCUGCUCAGCCCCCUCGUCCUGCUGCAGACCCUCCUCCUCCGUGUCCCUCCUCUGCCGCCCCGUGUGCCGCCCUGCCUGCUGUGCGCCCACCUCCUCUUGCCAGCCCAGCUGCUGCCGCCCAGCCUCCUCUGUGUCCCUGCUCUGCCAGCCCGCAUGCUCCCGCCCAGCCUGCUGUGUUCCCGCCUUGGCCCUGGGGCCCUGCUGCUGAGUGUUCCUCUCAAGGUCACCCCAAAGUGUGAGAGCUCACAGUCAUCUGCAACCUUGGACUCCUUACUGAUAGCCUAGACAGCU